UAAAUGAAUAAACAUAAAAAAAUAUUGAUAAAGGAAAUCUAGCGCUUUGAAUUACGGAUCAGGAGUAUCAUUUGUUGAAUUUUUAGUAAUUUAUUAUUUUAUCCAAUUUUACUUGUAUAAAAUCCGAAUUCCUAGAUAGUCGAGGUAACAUCCCUUCCCUUCCACAUGCCUUCGCCCCUUGAAUAUAAAGACGGCGAGCUCCUGUAAAGACUGAGGUUUCCCCUUUCGAAUCACAAAUUCUUGUGGGUUUACAUGGGUGUGAAGUUUCUCAAAAUUUAAGAAAAAAAAGUUUCAAAAUUAAUAUUUUCUUUAAUAUAAAAUAUUUUUGUCAAAAUAAUGGAAAGCUUAAUGAAAAUUAUAAUGGAAAACACUAGAAAUUUUACAUUAUUUUAAUUAAUUAUUUUGCUUUGAGAAUUCCUAUUGGGCUAGGGUUUAAAGGAAGUUUUCCUUUCUUCUUUUUGCGUCCUCUAUAAAUACAGGACUUCUUACGCCUGAACGUAUCAUCAUCAUACAAAGUUCCUGAAAAAUUCUUCUUUGCUAGAAAUAACCAAAUCUACCAGAUUUUUUAAGUCGAAUAUGUGGGAUCAAAGACCUAGUUUCAGGUUUGAGAUAGAUAACUUCUCGGACAAGAAAGCUGUCAUAACGUCUAAGGAUUUCGUGGCUGGCGGAUGCGAAUGGUAUCUUGCAGUUCAUCCCAAGGGAAAUUACAAUGAUCAGUUGUGUUUGUUUCUCUACGUUGCAAAUCGUAAAUCCUUGCGAACUGGUUGGAACAGAAGUGCUAAAUAUUAUUUCCUAGUGUUGAAUGAUUCCAACAAAAAACUCUAUAAAUCAUCAAUAUUGGGAAAGACGUUGUUUUGCGCUGAGAAUCCAGCACGGGGUACCCGAAAGACGUUGCCUCUAAGCAAGUUUCAGGAAAAAGGGUUUUUGGAGAAGGACAAACUCAUCAUUGAAGUCUACAUUAAUGUUGUUGAAGCUUUCGAUGGAAAAGGCGAGGAGGACAUCAAUGGUUUUCAAGUUUUUGCUGCUCAUGUUGCUUCAGUGAAAAAGAUAUUCGCAGAGACAGAAUACAAGAAUACUCUAAGCAACGCUUGCAGCAAGUUGAGUGAUCUUGCGGAAGUAGGAGUCAAGCUGGACUGGUUGAAGUCAAAGUUUGAUGAAGUUUCCUUCAAGAGGAAGAACGCAGACGACGGUGCUGAUGAUGAGUCUCUGGUCCAACAACUCGAGGAACGCAUCAAGAAUCUUGAACUAAUGGUAUCAGGCUUCAAGAAGGACUGUUCCAAGUCAAAGUCCAAUAUGAAGAAAUCACAUGCUGCUGAUGAGUGUCGUUUCCAAAAACUUGAAGAAAGCGUCAAGAAUCUUGAGCUGAUGGAAUUAGGGUUGAAACUGGACAGUUUGAAGUCGAAGCUUGAGGAGGUUUCCUUGGAGAAGAAGAUAUCACAUGAUGCUGAUGAGUCUCGGGCCAAACUACUCGAGGGACGUGUCAAGAACAUUGAGCUAAUGGAAACAGCCUCUAAGCUGGACAGUUUGAAGCUGAAGCUUGAGGAAAUUGCCUUCGAGAGGAAGAAAUCAUAUGAUGCUGAUGAGUCUCGGGUUCGACUACUCGAGGAACGCAUCAAGAAUAUUGAGCUGAUGGAUUUAGGAUUCAAGCUGGACUGUGUGAAUACGAAGCUUGAUAAUGCUGACGAGUCUCGAGUCCAACAAUUCGAGGAACGUUUAAGGGACAUGUCAAGGAAUGUGGGAUUCACGCUAAAUUGUUUGAAUACAAAGAUCGAGGAAGUGUCCUUAGAGAGGAAGGAAUCUGAUGAUGCUCGGUUCCAACAACUUGAGGAAAGCGUCAAUAACAUUGAGCUUAUGGUGUCGUCUCUCGAAGAUGAACUAGACAAGAAGAAGGAUAAACCUUCUAAUGAUGGAUUUUGGUUGGUCGACUAGGUUUUUCUUGAUGUAGAGAUCAAGAUUUUUGUUUAUUGAUUCUUAUUGAAGACACUAAUGUCGUUUCAUUUUUCUCCUGUUUUGGUUUUUAGUUUUGCACUGUGAAUCCUAUAGUCUAGAGAUUCCACAUAACCAAAAGUAUUUUUUUUCGUUC